AUGCCUAAGCAAGUUCAAGACAUCAAGCUCUUCCUCGAGAUUGCUCGCCGAAAGGACGCCAAGUCUGCUCGCAUCCGAAAGUCCAAGAACGGCAAGAUUGUCAAGUUCAAGGUCCGAUGCAGCAAGUACCUCUACACCCUUGUCGUCUCUGACGCCGAGAAGGCACAGAAGCUCCAGCAAUCGCUUCCUCCUACCCUCAAGGUUGAGCAGGAGUCGAAGUAG